AGUGCGAGAAGAUGGAGCGCGCAGCCGCGCCAGGGAGCGGCGGCUCGAGCAGUAGGAGCUCGGAGUGCAGCUGAAGAGAGGCCGGGAGGAGGAGGAGGAGGAUCGGCAAGAGGUCUAGGAAGGCCCGGGGAUUGAAGAGAGGCCUCUAGUAGCUAUUCAAGCGGGCGGAGGGAGCGAGAGAGAAAGAGGGGAGAUUUUUAAAAAAAUUAUUAUUGAGGGACCCCAGGCCGGACCCUCCCCGACCUCCCGGCGCCUCCCGCGGGGGGGAAUAUGAGCCCCCGCCGGCCUCUCCAUGUGGAUUUCUCGGUCGCUGCAGAGGGGAGCGGUUCUCGCUGAGGAAGCCGAGCGGCUGCCCUCGUCCAGGCCGCCGCCGCCGGCCCCCGAGCUGGCCCAGGGCCGCUUCUACCCGCGCUGUUUCCAGCGCUCGGACGCCGCCAUGGCCGCCCCUUUCUGCGGUCCCGAGCAGGCGGCGGCGGCGGCUGCUGCUGCUGCUGCUCCCCCGCCGCCGCCGCCACCUCAGGCCCAGGCCCAAGCCCAGCCUCCGCAGCAGCAACAGCAGCCGAGCGCGGCUCCCUCGGGGCGGCCCGACACCCAACUCCAGCCGGCACCGCCCGCUCAGCCUCAGUGCGGCCUGUGCUGCUCCCGCGGGCUGCCCGCUCCGGUCCCGGGGCCUCGCCCUCGGAGUUCCGCGGCGGCCGAGGAGCUACGCUUGCUGCCGUGCCGCCACUCCUUCUGCCAGGCGUGCCUGGAGGCUCACGGAGCCGGGGGUCCCCGCAGGCAGCGGCGGGGAGCCGGGGGUCCGCCCACCGCCGCUCACCGGCGCCUCCAACCCGGGAACGGGCCUGGCCCGGAGCCCGAGGCCGCCUCCACGGCCAUCUCCUCUUCCUCCUCCACCUCAUCGUCGUCCUCCUCCUCCUCCUCGGAGCAGCUGAGCUGCCCCAUCUGCGAGCGCCUGAUGCCCGGCGCCUCGGCUCCCUCCGACAACGAGCCGGGCCUCCCGGCCGAGCUGCUACUGCUCAACAACCUGCUGGACGUGGUGUCGGCGGCUGAGGAUGAGCUGGACGGGGGAGGAGCGGGAGGGGGCAGAGGCCGUGGCCGGCCGAGGAGCUCACCGGCUGGAGGAGGCGGCGGCUGCAGCUCGUGUGACGAAGGGGCCCCGGUCACCUCCCGCUGCCUGGACUGCGCCGAGUACCUGUGUGACCGCUGCGUGCGGGCCCACCAGCGGGUCCGCCUCACCAAGGAGCACGCCAUCCACCGCUUCAGGCAGCAGCAGCAACAGCAACCGCAGCCCCCCCACUACAACCAGCAGCCCUUCCCCAGCCUGCCCCUCUCUCACGAACGGGUCAGCUACUGCCAGCAACACGAGAACGAAGUGAUGCGUCUGUACUGUGAUACUUGCGCUGUCCCAAUUUGUCGAGAAUGCACAAUGAGCCGUCAUGUGGGGCACAGCUUUGUCUACCUCCAGGAUGCCGUACAGGACUCCAAAGAAAUUACCCUACAGUUAUUAGCAGAUGCACAGCAAGGCCGACAGGCAAUUCAGCUCAGCAUAGAGAAAGUCAGAGCUAUGGUGGAACAAGUCGAGAUGAAAGCCCAAGUGAUUCGUUCCGAAGUCAAAGCAGUUACUUCACGGCACAAGAAGGCUCUAGAGGAACGUGAGUGUGACCUAUUAAGAAAGGUUGAAAAGAUCCGGCAAAUGAAGGCCAAGACCCUGCACCUUCAAGUGGAAGCACUGCGUGAGAAUUUAACCCGGCUAGAAAGCACUAUAGAUUGUGUUCAGAAAGCCUUAUUGGAUGGACGUGAUGUGGAUGUUCUCUUGGCAAAAGAACAAAUGUUUGUCCAAAUCCAGGACUUGAAGAAACUUCGGAAUCUCCUUCAGCCUCAAGACGAUGACACACUUUCGUUCAUUCCACCCGAUGGUGUACUGUACAAAGCCAUCAAGUCACUGGGCAUAAUUAGUAGCAGUGCAUAUGCCCCAAUAUCUACAGCAACUGGUGAAGGAUUGAAACGGGCAUUACGUGGGAAAAUGAGCAGCUUCACCGUAAUCACCAAGGAUCACACUGGUGAAGGAAGAUCAUCUGGUGGUGACUUGGUCGUAGUUGUUAUCAUGGGACCUGAUGGCUGUCUCUUUCGUGCUGAUGUUCUUGAUCAUCAUGACGGCACUUACACAGUUAGUUACUCCCCACAUCUGGAAGGAGAACAUGUGGUCUCUGUGACAAUUCGCGGUCAGCAUAUUGAGAACAGCCCUUUUCGAGUAAUUGUUAAAGCUGGUCGCAACUACUCUGGAAUUGGGCUCCCAAUCUGCUCCUUUGGCGGAGAAGGGGAUGAAGACGGGCAGCUUUGCCGACCGUGGGGUGUCUGUGUCAACAAAGAAGGCUAUAUUAUCAUUGCUGAUCGUAGCAACAACCGUGUUCAAGUAUUCACGCCAAGUGGAACCUAUCACCACAAGUUUGGGACAGCGGGUGCCAGGCCCGGGCAGUUUGAUCGUCCUGCUGGAGUUGCCUGUGAUCAGAAUUGUCGCAUCGUAGUGGCUGAUAAGGACAAUCACCGCAUUCAGGUGUUUACCUUUGAGGGGCAAUUUAUCCUUAAGUUUGGGGAGAAAGGAAGCAAGAAUGGCCAGUUCAAUUAUCCUUGGGAUGUUGCAGUCAAUACUGAUGGAAAGAUCCUAGUGUCUGACACUCGCAAUCAUAGAGUUCAGCUUUUUGGCCCAGAUGGAAAUUUUGUAAGUAAAUAUGGCUUUGAGGGAGCAUUGUGGAAGCACUUUGAUUCUCCUCGUGGAGUGGCCUUUAACCAUGAAGGACACCUUGUGGUCACAGAUUUCAACAACCACCGGCUGCUGGUAAUCCAUCCUGACUUCCAGUCUGCACGUUUCCUUGGCUCUGAAGGCACAAGUAACGGUCAAUUCCUCCGACCUCAGGGUGUAGCUAUUGACCAAGAAGGGCGCAUAAUUGUUGCUGAUUCCAGGAACCAUCGCAUUCAGAUCUUUGAACCAAAUGGCAAUUUCCUGUGCAAGUUCGGGACCCAAGGCAGUGGCUUUGGACAGAUGGAUCGACCAUCCGGAAUAGCCCUGAUGCCAGAUGGACUGAUAGUAGUCGUCGACUUUGGCAACAAUCGUAUCCUCUUGUUUUAAUAAUGCUGUGUGCUUUGAUUUUCUAUAUUGUGGAUUUGUUGCUCAGGGACAAUGUCUUAAUUGUUUUCCCUAGAGAAGACAGGUUUUUUUUCUGUGCUGCAGUCAUCUACCUCAUGUUGGUAAAGUGUGAGCUGUGAGACUACUUCAAAACUACAUAAAUAUAUAGACCUACCUCACUGCCUGCAGAUGUUGGGCUGACUUAAUGUUUGGAUAUUUCCAUGGAACUGUGCAAAUGUGUCCAGGCAAUUGGUGCCUUUAUGACCUGAAUCCAAAGACUUGUUUCUUAGUAUUAAAAUUGUCCUGUAGCUUUAUUUAAAGAAAAAUCUCUCAGGUAGGAAGACUAUUGGCCACUUCUCUAGCCUAAAAAUGGCCAUUCGUGGGUGACUGAAAAGCUUCGGCUGCCUACCUGCAUACGUUUUGUUUUCAGGGAUUAGUUGAUAUUGAAUAUCUCGUACGUUUAGCCCUACACUCUUCUGAAUGUAGCCCUACGCUUCACCUGAAUGUAAGCUAAAUACUUUUUUUUGUUGUUUUUGGGGUGUAAUGUUCUUUGGCCUGAUGCACAUAAUGGUGAACAUAGAAGUUGUUGAGGGUUCUUCUAAGUGUGUGUUUAUUUGGGAUAUUUGUGUAAGGAAGACUUGGGAUGCUAUUUGAUACCCUGAAGAUCAAAGUAUAGUAAGGCACCUGGGAUAAUCAAAUUAUAUUUACCUCAACUGCUAGCUCAGGUACCUACAUAAAAUCAAUUUCCUACUGAAUUGGUAGGCUGUAUUUGGUUUCAGAGGCAGUAUUACUUUGCUUUGGAAGUGUGAAUUGGCUGAUUUAGAAGACUAUUUCCUUGGGUCUUGUUUAGUCUUGAGUUCCGUUAAUUGGGAAUCUUUAGAAAAACGAGUUCAGGGUGAUCAAAGUCCACUGGUCCUGUUUUGGUGUGCCACUGUUUGGAUGCACACGCACUGUUACAGAUGCCAUAAACUGAAAUGUUUCUCAAUGCCAAGUUUCCUAAAUGGGGAGAUUUUUAAUCCUCCAUACUUCAUUGAGAAAUCAUGUGUUGGUAUUUUAAUGCAAAAAAGUGUAAAAUGCAAUUGAGCUGAUUAGUUCUUUACUGGUCGGUUUUAGGCAAUAGAUUUAUGUUGUCCUGACCCCUCGAGUAGGAAAAAAGUCAGUUCUUUAAAGAGCAUUAUUGUAAUGGCUUGUGUGUGUUGUGUGCUGGGGCAGUAGUAAUGCUUGUGAAGACCCAUUAGGACUGGCACUGCGCUGUUAUGUGAAUAUUCUGCCAGGAUUCUAGUUGUAGCUAAUAGUUGAGGAAAUAUAUAUAUAUAUACAUACAUAUAUAUAUGCGCGCUGUAGUCGUAGGAACAUUGGUAGAAUCCUUGGAUUUAUUUUCAUCUCUGAAUCUUCCGUUUUUCCUGUAGCCCAAAGUGACCAAUUAGUUUAGAAAUGAGACAAUGUCUCUUUAAAACUAUUUUAAAUUAAGUUUAUGCAAGUGACUUCCUUCACAGCCUUCUUAAGUAUGGAUUUUAGAAAAGACAACAGUAUUUUUACAGUCUGGGGAUCGCAGCAAAUAAACAUGACAUUUUACAGAAACCACACUGAAUAUUUUUGCAAAAUCCAGAGGUCAUUGAUCGCCGUAAAUUGUACAGUUUUGACUCUGAGCCAGUUUCAUCAUACCUGCUAAGAUACUCCACUAGUUUUCCUGCCUUGCUAGUUUGGUAAUCAGAGUUAAAGAUAGAAUCCCAUUUUCAUUUCACUUUUUAGCCUUUUGCCUGCCAAUUGUUUGCAGCUUGCAAAAGCUAGUAGCCUGUGAUUCAUUCAACCUUUAACAAUGAGUAAUCAUUGCCUUUUGGGAAGGAAAUGGGUCCAAGUGUUUAAAAGCUGUGAAGGUUGGGGGUUUUCACAUUUGGCAGCUUGUUUUCUUUUGAACAGAAGACUGUGACUUCAUUUUGGAGCAACUCACCUUGGUCAGCUCUCUAAAUCAGGCUAAAGGAUGAACUACUGGGCUAACCUCUGAAUGCGGCUGGACCUUAAUCCUGGGCCAUAAGGAAUUGAAUUUGAAGUGUACGAGCUGUUAUUUAAUUAAAUGAAACAAAUUGAUGCAACUUUUAUCAUUACUCUGAGCUUGUUGAGACAAGACAUUUUAGUUUGUAGGAUGAAAGAGGCAUGCUAGUCAGUAAAAUGAUAAUGGCGAAAUCUGAAAUGAGGGGUAACAUUAAUGUAAAUUUGAGGUCCCAGCCUGGAAAAGUGGUUUUUUUUGGUUAACAUUAAGAUUAAAAAUUCAAAAUUUGUGUGGAGCAGUAUCCAUUUAUAAAUGUUAGUAUUCUACAUUGUUGUGAGCUCCCUACUGAAUCUGUUUAGCUUUCAAGAUGAAACUGGCUAAUGUGCUGCUUCAGAUUGUAACAGUCGGUUGAGUAUGUCGUGGUUAGAUGUUGUAGCGUAGAAUGGCUUUUGUUUUACACAUCGGGAAAUUGUUCAUGAGCAGUGGUUAAUGGUUAAUGCGAAACAGUUAAGGGGCCCAUCAAUUUGAAAAAUAUAUGUAGACUCUCCACCUUUUGAAGUAUGAAAUAGGUUUUGUCUUUAAAAUUAGAUUGAAACUUACAAGAAUUCUUGUAAUUUGAAUGCUGUGCUCUUAACUGAGUUUUAUACAGUUACGGCUCUUGGUAUACAGCCAUAGAUAUGUCUCCUGAAGCCAUUUUUUUUCCCUCUAGCACAAAUUUAAGGAUACAAGCACACAGUUGUCAGCCCCACUUUUGGGGUGCAUUUUAAAAGUAAAAAUUGAAAAAUGUAUCAAUUUUUACACACCAGAUGAAUCAGUUAUUACUGUAUUGAGUUCCUUUGGGAUAGCAGAUAAAUCUUAACCAAAUUGAAUCUUAUUUAAAAAAGGGUGUGUCCUUAAUGAAGAUUGUUUAAAAUAUCUUACUGUGUUUGAGGUUAUUGGUAUAAUAUAGGUUUUGCAAUGGUCUCCUGGCUUUAAAAAAAAUUGGUUAUGAUAGCCAGUUCUUGUCCUGAUGGACUCAAUUGGUGAACUUCGCUAAUCUAUAAUGUGAUGACCCUUUUUAUCAUGUUGCUCAUAAUGAGGUCAUCAGUUAAUAUUUGCAGUAUUUUUUCAAAACAUAAUGCAUUCUUGAAUUUUUGUAAGUGCAUUGAUCUGAAACCUUAAGCUACUUUUUUCACAGGUGCAAAAAUGUGAAGUUAAAAGCAUGAUUCCAGGGGAGAAGGUAAAGUUCUUGUUUUAAAAAUUCACCCUUUUUUAAUCAUUUUCAAUUUGGCUUAAAUGUCUGCUAUCCAGCUGGUGACUGAAGAUAAUGCAUAAAAAACUAAAUCACUACUAUGAAUUAGGUGCAUCAGCAUUCAAAACUCAUCACUUUUUUUCCCAAUUCUGUAACUGGACAAAUCCCCAAAGUCUGUUUUAGCUUGAGUAUACACAAAACAACUUCACACAGCUAUACAAGCAAAUUCAGAGUUCACUCAAAGUGCUUAAUGGAUUAUGUUCACAAUUCUUAACGUUUAAGCAGGCACAGUACCUUACCUCCAAUAACCUCAACAAAAGAUCAACUUGCAGAAUUCCAAUAAGCCAGUUAAUUCAGAGACUAGGGUCAAAAUGAUACAUAAUUCUCAGGGAAGUGAUCCUACUAUCUCUGGAUGGUAAUUGGGGUGCAAGAUGUGGUUCUGGUGCCUUGUCAGGUAAUGGUUUUUGUCUACCUCAGUGCCUCUUUCUGUGGCAGCUUCAAACUACCUCAUGUUGGAACCCAAUUGGCUCACCUGCCGUUGGGUGAAUAGCUUGCACCGGAGGCUAAUGUGCAGUCUUCUGAUGUCAGGAUUUUAAUGCUGCCGAAAUGGGCAUUGAACAAAUAAAUAUAUGGAUGAUGGUUCAUACGAAGCCCCUAGUAGUUUUGUCAUCUCCUAUUUUAGAAAACUCCCAUUCAGCAUGUCGUUAGGUUCUAUAGUUAAGUGUCUGUAGUGUGGCUUCAGUAACACUUCACAAAAAGAAAUUCUACAAUCUGAGCAGAACUUCUAAACUUAACAGAAAUUAUCUUUGUUUUAAUGUACAUAAAUUAGAUGUUUAAAAGACCUUAUGCUUCCAGGCUUAUCCUGUCAACUGCUGUCAAAAGGAAGCUCUUGGGAAAACUCAGUGGCAAGUGACUUUCCCACUAGCCCUGCUGUGUGCUGAAUGGUACAAUUUUAUGAAUAGUCAUGUGGCUUGAUUUAGUGGCAUCACAGGGCAGGCCAAAUCUCUACCUCUUUUACACACAGAAGAAUUGUUAUAUUUAUACACAAAAUAAUGGUAAACAUUCUAAUCUCAAAGGUGACUCGUCCUUUUUUUCCACUGUCCCAAAAUGUUCUCACUUGCCUGUUGGGAAAUGUUUUGGUGGUAGGAAAUGGACAAGCUUUUGGUCAGUUGUCUUGAGUUUUCCCUUAAGGUAUUUGUUGUGGCAUCCCUUCUGUUGUCCUUCUGCAUGUCAGGUAAGGUUUUGCAAAAGUGUAGAUAGAGGUGCUGUUCUGGUUAGUUGUUUGAAAGGUGACAAUGCUUGGGAGGAAGGGGAAGAUUUGAUGUUAACAUCGGUUUGGGGAGCAGUUGGACUCCUGGCCACUUUGGUUUGUCAUCUGUGAACAUGUGUACGAAAUAGAAUCUGAAGCUCACAGGCACUUGAGUUGAUUUUCUAAGCUUGCUGGCAGAUGCAGUUGAAGCCUUGCAGGGUUUUGACCAUUUAACCCAGUGCAGUUUACUCAAAGCUGAGUGAUCAGAAAUUGAAUAACCCGUUUCACACACUAAAACGUUGGAUGUUGUUCAAAUGUAGACAGGAGUUAUUGACAUUUUCAUUGACAAAGUAUGACCCUGGUUGAUAGUGGGAGCACCUGAUGUGCUGUUUGUUUAAACAAAUUGUUUUUGUGAACUGAUUUUAUGAAGUGCUUAAGUUUUUUUUUAUAUUUCGUGAAACUGGGUUUCAAACCACUAGUUAAGCAGACUUUAUUCAAAAUUUAUUCUUGAGAAUUUAGUGUCUGGUCCAAGAUCCAGAAAUCCUGGCUGAGAAGACGUAAUAUAUAGCUUAAAGAAGUUUUCACUGUUUUCUAAAAACGGUGAAACCAAGUUCUGGGCUCAAAUUAUUUUAGAGGCAGAGCUACAGUAAAAUCAAAAGUUAUAUUGAGUUGUGUAAGAAGUGAUUUUGCUUAUUGCCUCUGUUUUUCUUUUCUAAUUUUAACUUUGUAGUCUGUGUUCUAGAUUAAGGGGAUAGCAUUAAAAUGUCUGGUGCAAGUGGUCAAAGGCCCUUUUCUCAAACUUAGACAAGUGCCUCAAAAUGACGGAGCCUGUUUCUGUAUUUAAAGAUGUCUGAGCAGUAUUGUUUAAGUUACUGUUGUACAACAACCCAGCAUUUAAUGUUCAUCGGUGGUUACCACUGCUUAAAGGAAAGGGGGAAUUGGAGUCCUAGACUGCCAGAAAAGUGUUUUAAAAGAAAAUUCCUCUUGGGGUUGUCUUUACAGUAAGGUGACGGGUAAUUUUUUUUUUGUUUCACCCUUUUGUAUAACUUACCUCUACAUUAUAAGAUCCAGCCUCUGCACCAAAGAAUGAGGUUUACUGACCUGGAACACUUCUUAAUCCUGUGUGUUUGAAAGCCUAAAAAUUGAUGUUUGUGCAAUUUUA